CACCCUGAGUUUCCGGCUGAGCCCCCCAUCCUCCCCCGCCCAGUUUGCCUGAGCCACUUCUCUCUCAUAGCCCAGUGUGGUGGACCGCGUGGCCAGCAUGCCUCUCAUCAGCUCCACCUGCGACAUGGUGUCCGCAGCCUAUGCCUCCACCAAGGAGAGCUACCCGCACGUCAAGACCGUCUGCGACGCGGCAGAGAAGGGAGUGAGGACCCUCACGGCGGCCGCUGUCAGCGGGGCUCAGCCAAUCCUCUCCAAGCUGGAGCCCCAGAUUGCAUCAGCCAGCGAGUACGCCCACAGGGGGCUGGACAAGUUGGAGGAGAACCUCCCCAUCCUGCAGCAGCCCACGGAGAAGGUCCUGGCGGACACCAAGGAGCUUGUGUCGUCCAAGGUGUCAGGGGCCCGAGAGAUGGUGUCUAGCGCCAAGGACACGGUGGCCACACGAGUAUCGGAGGCGGUGGAUGCGACCCGCGGUGCUGUGCAGAGCGGCAUGGACAAGACGAAGUCUGCAGUGACUGGCGGGGUCCAGUCCGUCAUGGGCUCCCGCGUGGGCCAGAUGGUGCUGAGUGGGGUCGACACGGUGCUGGGGAAGUCAGAGGAGUGGGUGGACAACCACCUGCCCCUUACGGACGCCGAGCUGGCCCGCAUCGCCACGUCCCUGGAUGGCUUUGACGUUGCGUCCAUGCAGCAGCAGCGGCAGGAACAGAGCUACUUCGUGCGUCUGGGCUCCCUGUCGGAGAGGCUGAGGCAGCACGCCUAUGAGCACUCGCUGGGCAAGCUUCGAGCCACCAAGCAGAGGGCACAGGAGGCUCUGCUGCAGCUGUCGCAGGCCCUAAGCCUGAUGGAAACUGUCAAGCAAGGCGUUGAUCAGAAGCUGGUGGAAGGCCAGGAGAAGCUGCACCAGAUGUGGCUCAGCUGGAACCAGAAGCAGCUCCAGGGCCCCGAGAAGGAACCGCCCAAGCCAGAGCAGGUCGAGUCCCGGGCCCUCACCAUGUUCCGGGACAUUGCCCAGCAGCUGCAGGCCACCUGUACCUCCCUGGGGUCCAGCAUUCAGGGCCUCCCCACCAAUGUGAAGGACCAGGUACAGCAGGCCCGCCGCCAGGUGGAGGACCUCCAAGCUACCUUUUCCAGCAUCCACUCCUUCCAGGACCUGUCCAGCAGCAUCCUGGCCCAGAGCCGAGAGCGCGUCACCAGCGCCCGCGAGGCUCUGGACCACAUGGUGGAAUACGUGGCCCAGAACACACCUGUCACGUGGCUCGUGGGACCCUUUGCCCCCGGAAUCACUGAAAAAGCCCCAGAGGAGAAGAAGUAGGGGGAGAGGACAGGACGCAGUGGGCCCCGUCUCUAUGCUGCAGCUCUGCUCUGGAGUCUUCAACCCAGGGCUCCUUUCAAACCGAUUUUCUGGCCACUCCAGCAGCUCUUCUGUGCUGUCUGCUUGGGAAGCUAAGGGUCUCAAAACUGGGGCAUCACCCAGCUGGCCAAUCUCUCAGUCCCUCUGAGCUUGGAGGAAGCGUGUUCUGAGCCUCUCCCUAUCAGUCAGUAGAGAGAGAUGUCCAGAAAAAUAUUUUUUCAGGGAAGUUCUCCCCCACAGAAUUUUUUUUUCCUUGUUAAAAGUCAGGAAUAUAGGCCGGGUGCGGUGGCUCACGCCUGUAAUCCCAGCACUUUGGGAGGCCGAGGUGGGCGGAUCACCUGAGGUCAGGAGAUCAAGACCAGCCAGGCCAACAUGGUGAAACCCCGUCUCUACUAAAAAUACAAAAAAAUAAAAAUGAGCCAGGCGUGGUGGCGGGCGCCUGUAAUCCCAGCUACUCGGGAGGCUGAGGCAAGAGAAUCACUUGAACCCGAGAGGCAGAGGUUGCAGUGAGCCAAGAUCACGCCAUUGCACUCCAGCCUGGGGGACAAGAGCGAGACUUAGUCUGAAAGAAAAAAAAAAAAAUCAGGGAUAUAGUUCAUAUCCCACUUCUUUGUUUACACCAAUGUCCCUGGAUAUCAGCCUGUAGCUAAUGGACUUGGAUUUCUGGUCUAAGUGGGCGUCCUGGGGAUGGGGUGGAACACUGAGCUUCUAAGCCUCAAUGUAGUGUAGAAAGGUGCUGGGGCCUGUCUGGCAAGCCUUGUUGAAAUGCUCUGGCAUUCAGUAUUGCCUUAAUAAACUUCACCCACAACUGCAUGCAGGC